GAACAAAUAUAUGAAGCAAAAGGAAGAAUAAGACUGACUACAGCCACGAUAUGAUCGUCUCCAGAGUCUUUCUGGCUCUGCUGUUGUGGUCCGUCUCCUUUGCGGCUGUGGCGCAGGAGACGUGCGAGAAUGCACCCCUCAACGAACCCAUCGGCAUUGACCUUGGUCACCAUCUUAUCAUGGCCUCCUACGCCAACUCCGCAGACAGUUUCACGCUCUUAGGCGCAGUCAAACACCAAGACUAUCAGAAACAGAUUCUAGAAUUGUCCAUGAAUCACUUUUGGCAAUCAGGGCUAGCGGGGCCGGGGCCGAACUCCCGGGGUUCGACGCCGUUGGCGCUCAUGAGGAGCGCCGCCUGGCAAUUCUUCCAGGUCAUCGAUGCGAGAUUCGCCGUUAGUAGCACUUCAUAUGUCGCCUGGACUCGAGGUUCGAUUCGUUCGAUUUACGAUGAUGUCUCCGGGGCUAUCCCCAUCCCUAUCAAGCGGAGGAUCAGGUCCACCCUCAUCUCGUGCGGCCUCUUGAAGAAGAAGCUGUCUAUACCCGACAUUAUCAAAACAUUUACCGAAGUAUUUACCGAAAUCAAGACCACGGCUUUUGAAGCUCAUAGCGUCAACGUGACCUGGGCCGUGGUCGGUGUGCCGGACUUCUUCAACGACACCCUGAAACAUGCCGUCAUGCAAGCCGGGCAGCAGGCGGGAAUCACAAUCCUCGAGGAGGCAAUUCCCCCGCGCUCGUUCUGCACGCACUAUCUGAAUCCGGCGAUUGACGCCGAUGCUAGGGUACUGGUUAUCCACCAAGGACAGUUCCAUUGUGGCGUUCAGUUGUACGAUAGGCCGCAAACCCGCCGCCGCCGCCGAUCAGGGUAUCCAUAUCUUCCGUUGACUCCGUGGGCGAGUGACCGCAUUCAACACCAGCUUGUGGAUGAGAUUGUUAGCGGUGAUCCCUAUUUGAGGACUCUGGUUAACCAGGGAGGCGACCGGGGGUUUCUGACACACGCGGUACAGAAGGCAAGGUUGACGUUGAUGGGGUAUGACCCGGCAGUCGAGCUGUUGCUGGGUUUGGAGCGGCCGCUGCGGAAUGAGGCUGGUGGUAACGAAGACGAUGACGGGGAAAUGCUCGCCGAACUUCCGAUCAAUCUGGACUCCUGGUGGGCACAUGGGAACUUCCCAGAUUUGGUCCUCACACGUAGCCAAAUCACGGCGGUUGCAGACAAGUAUGUGGAGACUCUGGCAGGAAGUAUCCAUGCUUACCUGCAAGCUACCAGACGAUCACGCAAGAAGACAAGCGCAACGAAAGCCCAGAGGGUGGACUAUGCGAUUGUAUUGACGGACCACUUUGAUGGCGAGCUCGUGCGACGCGCUGUUCGGGAGGCUAUCGGGGAUGGAGUUCCUAUUCUUGGUUCGUUGAAGGAAAUGACUAUGGCGGCGGACGGUGCUGCGAGGUUGGCGUGGAAGCGGAGGGAAAACCUACUUCUAAGGCAGAACAGUGCAGGCGCUAGGCAUGACGAACUCUAA